UCCGCCCCACGCGGGCCCCGGCCCGGCGGGGACCUCACUGACUCCCUCCACCGAGUGGGGAGCAGAGGGUUCCUCUGCUAAGUGAUCCGCCCGGGCUUCGGCCUAGGGGGCCCAGACAAGGCAUCCCCCGGGGGGCGUUCUGCGCGCCCUCGGAAGGGGCCCGGGGAGAGGGAGGAGUAAGGGAGAAGUAAGGGAGGAACUGGGCGUCCGGCCGAGCUGACGGAGCUGCCCGCAGGGGCCGACGCCGGGAACUCCGGCCGGGCCGAGGCGGGGGUCGCGGUACCUCUAGGUCCCGAGUGGGCCUGGCUUCCAGUCCCGGCCUUCAUCUCUCGUGCAAGGAGCGGGAAAGGCGGGACAGGGAAAGAGGGGGCCCGAUGGAUCUGCCGGACAGAGACCUCCCUCGUGUGGACAGAGCCCGGUCCCCAGCCAGGGUUGAAUCGGUCCCUUCCCUCUCCGGGACCCCUAAGUCUGCAGAAAGUGUAGUCUGGUGGAGGAUGGCAUUGCAACAUUGACCCUGACCACGGAGAUGAGGAUGGAACUAGGCCUGGACCAAUCUCCGAGAACAGCAGGCCCUCCUUCUACCCCAGUCUGAGAGCGCUGAUUUUGGGGCUCUCUUUUACAAGCCCCCAAAACCUGCAACUCCAGCCUCCCCUUUGGCCACCCGAAGGCCCAGAAUGUCUGUGAGAUGCCUGAGAUGCAGCCUUUGGCUACUCUGCCUCCUCACGGUCACCUUGCUCUGGUACCUCAACCUCCCCUCCUACACUGUCAUCGAGAACCUCAACUGGAUGUAUUUCUACGAGUACGAGCCCAUUAACCACUCAGAAUUUGCCUUUACGCUGCGAGAGUGGGUAACUUGCUCAGAGCAGGACCCGUUCCUUGUCAUCUUGGUGACCUCACGCCCUGCGGAUGUGAAAGCCAGACAGGCCAUUCGAGUUACUUGGGGUGCAAAGCAGUCUUGGUGGGGACAAGAAGUCCUAACCUACUUUUUAUUAGGCCACCAAAUGGAGCCAGAAGAUAACACGCUGGCCUUAUCUGUACAAGAUGAAAGCAUUCUUUAUGGUGACAUAAUCCGCCAGGACUUUAUAGAUACGUACUAUAACCUGACCUUAAAGACAAUCAUGGCAUUCAGAUGGGUUACAGAGUUUUGCCCAACAACUAAAUAUGUAAUGAAGGCAGACUCUGAUGUUUUUAUCAACACUGGAAACUUAGUGAAAUAUCUUUUGACAUACAACCAGUCUGAGAACUUUUUCAUGGGCUACCCUCUCAUAGAGAAUUUUUCCAAUAGAGAAUUUUUCAAAAAAACAUAUAUUUCCUACCAAGAGUAUCCUUUUAGGGUGUUUCCACCGUACUGCAGCGGCUUGGGUUACGUGCUAUCCAGAGACUUGGUUCUCCGAGUGUAUGAAAUGAUGGCCCACGAGCCCAUCAGAUUUGAAGACGUUUACGUUGGGAUCACCCUGAGCAUCUUAAAAGUGGACAUCCACCUUCCCAAGUCCAAUGAUCUCUUUUUUUUGUACCGGAUUAGAUUUAAUACCUGUAAAUUCAAGCGCUUGGUUGCUGCCCAUGGCUAUUCUCCCAAGGAACUAAUCCAGUAUUGGCAGCUCACGCAAAAGGAAAGGAGCUGUUGACCCUGCGUUUGGCUCUGACCAAGUCAAGGACUUUGCGGUGAGGUUGGACUGAGAACUUGCCGAUGGGGAGUCCUUUCAAGGCAGUGUUUGUCCUGGGGCCCACUUUGCUUUCACUUGUUCAGACCCCACCCCUCUUUGCAGUGGCUGCCUCCUGUGUCAUUGUAUUUUGUUUUUGAGGUUGGCAGUAGAGGAGAGCUCUCUUGUGGUACUCUUUAAAAAAAAAAUAAAGAGAUCAGUACUAAAAAAAAAAUCUUCUUAGAAGGAAAAUGGUGGAUUUUGCCAAUUAUACAAAAAAGGCCUAAAGAUUUGAACAUGUCACAGGAAAAAUUUACUGGUAGGGACUUAAUAGAACUCUUAUUUAUAGUAGACUCAUUUAUGCAGGACUACUGGUAAAAAUGGAGUUUUCUAAAAAAAACCAACCCAACAACAUGAUAUAAUGAAGGUUAAAGAAGAGUGUGGCCAGAGAUGUGAUAUAUGGAUUAAUCAUUUUCAGAGUUGUAAUACACAACACUAACAUUGUACUGAACAUAAUUUACUUUGUUUCUUCAUACAAAAGGCCUUCCCUAUGGCCCCUGUAACAGACCAAGUCAAUUUUCCAAAGACCAUGCUGGCUUUUUGUGGGGAAGCACAUUCCCGGUAGGCUAGCCGCUUAGUGAUGACAUUAUAUUGGCCAGACAUAGGAGAGGCGGGCAUGGAUGAACUGAAAUCUGCGUCAUUGGAGAGAAUUAAGGUUAGGGUUCGAUUUGAGUAGUUUAUAGACUCCUGUACAACCCUCUAAUUUUGUAUAUGAGAAUAUGGAGUCCCAGAGAGAUUUAAAUGACUUUUCCAUUCCAGGAAACAUUUGAACUUUCUGUGUCCACUGGGUUAUUGUUAUGGUCAUCUGGUAGUAAAAAACAUGGGGUUUCACUCUUUCAGGUUUUUAUGUUUAAAUUCUGGGUAGAUUUGGUGCCCUUUUGGGGUUGGAAUGCUUCUCAACCAACUCUUCAUGGUGUACACUUUAAUGACGGGAGAUGAAGACUGUAGAAUAACCCUUUGGGACUAGAGAAUGUGAACGUCUAGAGGGCAGGCGUGGUUUCUUUUUCACCCUUGCCUCCCCACAGCCUAGCAUGGUGCCUGGCCCAAGCUAAGCACUCAGGAAUGCUAAUUGGGCGUUAUAACAUAUUGAAGGCCACGCAGAUUGGGACUUCAGAAAACAUUGUUCAUAUGUAGAGGUGCUGAAGUGGAAAGACCUGAACUAUAUGUCUCGUUUCUGGAAGCAGUUACUUUGUGUGUGUGGUUUUUCAAAAUUUGAUUUAAAAAAUAAAGUUUUUUUACUUUCAUGUACAAACAGUAA